GAGGGGAGCCGAGAAGGGAGGGAAAGAAAACCUGUCCCUUUGUGUGGGAAGAACUCAGCAGGAUAGUGAAUUUGUGAUUAUUUCUCUAAGCCAAGCCUCCUCACCGCUACGAGAGCUGCAUUCUGGUUUGCACACCUCACUACUCUAUGAUCGCGCAUUGGACAGAGCAGGAACAGCAGCGACACCAGAAGCCUCUCCUGAUGAUGUUGGACGCCGACGUCAGCCUGGCUUCCAUGAAUAUUGAUGUGGAGGAUAGUCGGUUUCAUAGAAGAACAGAAGGAGGCAAGAUGGCUGCCCUUUAGGAUUUGUUAAAGGGGAGAAGAAGAGGAGAAGAGAGAUUUGGACGUUUUUCUGUUGGAUUUUCUGCAAAGUGGAGGGACAGGAAAGCAGGGCGGACCGAGGGCAGGCCCGUGGAUGGACAGUGAGCAGCCCAGAUGGAAACAGAACAGGCCAGACAUGAGACGGAAGAAACUCUGAGAUUUGUCACCUCUUCGAACUUCCCCCAGAAACUACAGAAUGGAUGCCAGUCUUUGGAGGGACGUUCGCUGCAUACUGGCGAGGAUACAAACUGGAAUCGUCACACUCCAAGCACAGUCACCAACUUUAUGAAGAGGCAUCGGGAAAGCUCCAGUCCUGCAUCUGCAGCAGGAUUGUUGGACCCUGCAGCCCACCAAAUGAAUGGAGAGAUGCUAAAUGGGGAGAUGAAACAUGCACCACCCGACCAGUCAUUUUUGGUUCAUCAGUCGAAAAAACUCAAGGUGGAGCCUUCACGUUUAGCUGACGGCUUUUCAGACUUUAAUAAAGCAGCGGAAUUUCAGUGCAAUGUCCCACAGACGCAAAUGAAUGUGGACAAAAGAAAUUGUAAUUUAUCCAAUGGAGAUGUAUUUGGUCUAGUCAAAAACAAGCAAAUUAUUUCUAAUGGUGCUACAUCACCCCCAUCUACCAUAGAAGGCACUCCAGGAGAUCUUUUAGAGAAAACAUUGUCUCAGUAUUUUCCUGAGCAUGUAUCAAUUGCACCUCAAACAACCAAAACACAGAUAAAUUCCUUCAAUGGUUCAGAUGCAAACAAAAGUGACGGUGCUAAUAGAAAUUUCACCUCAGGAUUGCCCGUAUCAUCCCAGAUGUCUGUUGGCUAUGUUAUGAAUGGUUUCUCCAAUAGUUAUGGAGAAAAUCAACACCAGCAUCCACAAAGACAGUAUCAACCUCCCGGUUACUCUAGAAGUCAGUUGGCCCAAAAUACACAUACUGUAAAUGCUCUCAAGCAGCAUCCAAAUGGCCCAGAAAGAUAUCCUGAAAAGGUGGACCUUCAGGGAGUCAGUCAGAGGUCUAACCACAACUCUUUUGUUAACCAUAAUGUUCCACAAUAUGAAGUUCAACCACAGAAGUAUGAACAAAAUACUGGUAACAGUGCAACUGAUGGCAUGACACUGCAACAUCCAAUGCAUACUGGAUUAGCCAAUAGGGCUGAAAACACAUCUCUGCAAGCAGCAAACAUGAUGAAUUCCCAAUCACCUAGAUGGACUGAGCGCCAGUCUCUGCAGCAUGAAUACAUGAAUGCCACCCAACCCCAUUCACAGGAGAAUAGUUUGUGGAGGAACCACAGUGCUGAGUCUCAGCAGAGGACAUCCAGUCCACAGGUUCAAAAACCAGUGCAAAGAGCCCCAUCUCAUGGUACAUUUGCAGACAGCAGUCAGGGGUUAAAAGUUUUGCUGUCACAGCAGGACUCUCCUCUAGCACAAGGACACUAUACUUCAACCCAGCACAAAACUGCCACUGAGUGGCAGCAGUCCCAAUCUAAAACACCUCUCCCAGAUCAGAGUUCUCCUCACCAAAAUAAAACAGAGAGCAUCUACCAGGGCAACAUUCAGCAGUCAGAGCCCUUAAGGGAACAGCAGUACUUGCAUCCUCAGCGGCCGCUUUCACAACCCCCACAGUAUGACGGGCAACAGCUCAAGUCUCCCAUCUACAGACCUCAUAGUCAACCUCAACCCUGCCAACCAAAUGCGAAUUAUGCUGAUGAAAAUCGUAGGCAACAUCUGUAUUCUCCCAACUCAGGCAGCAGUAACCUCAAACAAUUUCCACAACAGCAGUCCAACAACCACUGCCAACCAACAAACCAUGUUGACUAUCCCCUUCCAUCUACACAGAACCAACUGCACUUACCACAGCAGGUACAGACUAAAAGUGAACAGCAGAGGAGAACAUCAUGCUCUCAACUACCUCUUGCUCCUGGAGAUUUUCAGAAGCAUGCGGCACUGCGAAUGCAUCUCUUACAAAAACAGGAGCGUCACGGUCCUGCACACCCCACUCAGAGCCCUGGUGAUCUGAAAUAUGGUAUUAAAACCAUAAAGGAAGAACAUGCUGAUGUAUAUGAUUUUCCUGGUCCCAGCCAGGAGCAUGUGUCGUUAAGGCCACAAGUCAAACAAGAGCCCCAAGAGUUCUUGUGUGAUCAAAGCAAGAAACCGGGCAGUAUCCUGGCCUCCAUGGAGCAAAGUCUGAAACAGUAUCAGCUCUCACCAGUGUUUGAGAAAAAGUCAAUUGUCAUAAAUUCAAAUAAGGUCAAGGUUGAAUCUUCAGGGGCAGUCACAAUUUUAUCAACAAAAACAGAUCUAAAAGCAGAGGAAACAGUGAUGGCAACCCCAGCACUAGCUUUGAAAAGGCCCCCUGAUUCAACUCCCAAAAAAGAACACCUUUUACAAUGCUUUAUGGAUUCUCCUAUGAAGCUGCUCGAUACACCCAUCAAGAAUCUGCUUGACACACCCCUCAAAACACAGUAUGACAUUGCAUCCUGCCACUGUGUUGAACAAAUCAGUGAGAAAGAUGAAGGUCCAUACUACACUCACCUGGGUUCAGCUCCCAGUGUCCAAGCAAUCAGAGAGCUGAUGGAGAAAAGGUCUGGUCUAACAGGCAGAGCAAUUAGAAUUGAAAAAGUGAUCUAUACCGGCAAAGAAGGAAAAAGUACACAGGGCUGUCCCAUAGCUAAAUGGGUGAUCCGCAGAUCAAGUGCUGAAGAAAAGUUAUUAGUUUUGGUACGCGAGCGGAAUGGUCACAGCUGUGUGUCGGCCUGCAUUAUUGUAGCACUGCUGGUCUGGGAUGGUAUAUCCCAGAGUCUUGCUGACUCUCUCUACAGUGAACUAAGUCAAACACUGACCAAAUAUGGUGCUCACACACAAAGACGUUGUGCUCUUAAUGAAGAGAGAACUUGUGCAUGCCAAGGUUUUGAUCCUGAAUUCAGUGGAGCCUCCUUCUCAUUUGGCUGCUCCUGGAGCAUGUACUACAAUGGCUGUAAAUUUGCAAGAAGCAAGAUACCAAGGAAAUUCAAACUACUUGGGGAUGACGUGAGAGAGGAAGAAAGGCUAGAGAAUAACUUUCAAAAUCUGGCAACAUUACUGGCUCCACUCUAUAAAACUAUGGCACCAGAAGCUUAUGGUAACCAGAUUGAACAUGAACACAGGGCAACAGAUUGCCGACUUGGACUCAAAGCAGGACGUCCCUUCUCUGGAGUCACUGCUUGUAUGGAUUUUUGUGCUCACGCCCACAGAGACCUUCACAAUAUGCAGGGUGGCAGCACUGUAGUAUGCACACUAACCAGAGAGGAUAACCGGGAAAUUGGAAAAAUCCCGGAAGAUGAGCAGCUCCAUGUCCUGCCUCUUUACAAGCCUUCCAGGACAGAUGAGUUUGGCAGUGAGGAAGGUCAGCAGGAGAAGGUCAGGUCCGGAGCCAUCCAAAUCCUCAGUGCUUUCCGCCGCCAGGUGCGCAUGCUGGCAGAACCAGCCAAGUCCUGCCGUCAGAAAAAGCUGGAAGCAAAGAAAGCAGCUGCUCAGAAGAAUGCUAUGUUGGAAAAUGAAAAGGCUGAGAAAGCCCUCAAUGUUAAGACUAAAAAUGAAAACAGCGAGAGCACUGUUUUAAAAACAGGGCCUGUUCCAGGAGUAAUUGGAGCACGCAUGGAUCCAAGUCAGCCACAUCACCAUCCAGGCAAUAUUCCUUACCAGCAACACCAUCUACAGCAGCAGCCUCCCCAGGCUUUUCCUCCUCCUUAUCCUGGCACUGCUAAUUCAACUAACUUUCCAAGGUAUCCUAAUCAUCCAGGGUCUUGUCCAAGCACUUCCAAAUCAGGCAACAUGUAUCCUCCACAGCCUCCAACAUCAGCUAGCUCUUACCCUUCACCUCACCAUUUACAAAGCUCUUACAUGAAUGGGUCCAGCCAUCCAUAUACGUAUCAACGUAACGGCAGUAUGCCUGUUGGCUACCCUCCCUUCUAUGGUUCAAACCAAACACAUCUGGAUAUGUAUCAGCAAAGAUCAUCCCCUUUAGAGCAGCAGUAUGGAGUCCCUCAGCGCUACAACUAUCCACCAAGGUAUGGUGAGCCAGGUUUACAAGUUAAUGGGUACAACCCUUGUGGCAUGGGACCUGUUCAUCCAAUGAGAUCACCUUAUACUCCAUAUUCGCCCAACGGAACUACCAAUGCUCAUUAUAUGGACACUCAUCCAAGAGCACCUUCAGCCCAUGGAGGUCUUGGUAAUCAAUUUUGUGGAUACCCAAGUCCAUACCUCACGCCUAGCCCUCAAAUUGUACCUCCAGGUCAAGAUACAUUGCUAAGUCAUGUCAAAACAGAAAUGACAAGUUCACAUAUGCUGCCUGGCCAGGUAAGUGCAGAGUGCCAAAUGCCGGCAGCACCAUCAGCUCUGCAAAAUGGGAACGCUAUGGGACCUGGAAUCAAACAAGAGCCUGGAACGCCGCAGACACCAACAACACCUCAAAAGCCAGAAGUGUGGUCAGACAAUGAACACAACUUCCUUGACCCUGAUAUUGGAGGGGUAGCAGUUGCACCCAGUCAUGGCUCUGUACUAAUUGAGUGUGCUAAACGUGAGCUUCAUGCUACAACACCCCUUAAGAACCCAGAUCGAAAUCAUCCAACACGCAUCUCCUUGGUAUUCUACCAGCAUAAAAACCUGAAUGAGGCAAAGCAUGGUUUGGCUCUAUGGGAAGCUAAAAUGGCUGAAAAAGCUCGUGAGAAGGAGGAAGAAGCGGAGCGGAAUGGGGGUGAAGUGAUGCCCUCCAAAAGCGGCAAAAAGGGAGUCAAACGCGAGCAUUUGGAGGCAACUGAAAGUGGGGAGCCUCCUUAUAAGCGCUUCAUCCAAUCACUGCUUGAAGGAUCUUUAUCCAGCACAACCAAUACAUAUGUCAGUACAUCUCCUUAUGCCUUCACCAAGGUCACUGGCCCUUACAGACAGUUUGUGUAGACAAAGGUGCUAACAUAAACCCACUAUCAAGAGUCCGUAUGUUGCACAGGAGGAAAACGUACUUUUUAUAUCUUGACCUGUUUAGCUUUAUGGACUGAUAAGGAUGUAUUUCCUCAGACAACAUUUGCAAGAAUCUCUCUUUGGUGCUUUUGUUGAGAUAUAAUACAUACAAACCUAUUUUUACUGGAAACCAAUUUUUGCUUUUGGCUUUAUUUUUGGAAUUCAAAAUCUUUACAUACAACACUGUUUUUGUACACAUUCUUGGUGCUAAAUUACAUGCUGUUUCUUUGACUUUUUAAGCCUUCACACUAUGGUCACAGCACUCAACUUGUCAACACUGAUCAUGCUGUUACACUGUCAUCUGAAAUGAUGAGCAUCAUAAUUAUUUAAAUCAGUGUUUAACAAAGCACUUUGUAAAACCUGUAUGGCAAUUUGGUAUUAAAUGUGUGAAGAGGUUCACACAAAACAUUUUCCUACAUUUAUACUGUUAAUUGAGCCGUUUGAAUGGUGCAUUUUUGAUUUUCAUUUCUAGGAUUUUUUUUAAUGAAAUGUUUUAAAUGUUAGACAGGAUUGUCAGACAAACCUGAUUUGUGAAUAUUACAUGUAGUUUUAUGUCUGUGGUGCUUAGUGCUUAUACUGAGUAACAUAAAACAGGGUAAGCUCAGUGUUGUCAUUCAGAGGGCAGCUGGUGUGCUGUUGGGACUACAUAUUGUAUUGUAAAGUGUAAGAUAAACAUGUGAGAUUUGUACAGUAAAUUAAUUUUCAUUUUCUGGAAUCAUGGUUAUAGUUUUGUUGUUAACAAUGGCCUUUUUAUUGCUUUUUAUGGUUUCAGCAGGUUUUAUGUUGUAAGGUGCUACUUACCCUAUAGGACACACAAUGCCACUGAGAAGGCUUUUAAAUAAUGUACAGUACAAACUUUUCACAUACCUCAGAACUUGUUUGGCAAUAGGACAACAACAAUCCUGUUGUUUUUUUUUUUUGUUUUUUUUUAUAUCUAGAUAACCCUAGAAGCAAAAAAAAAAAAAAGGUUCUCUUGUUACUUUCUUAAUAAUAUAAAAUAAUAUAAUAGAAAGUAAAGAACAUUUAAGAUGAAAUCAGGGAAAUUCUGAUUGUGUAGUCAUUGUCAUAAAGCCUGUAUCCAUUCUUUACUCAUUCAGGGACUUGCAUUGCAUCCCAAAUAAAAUAUUUGAUUGAAAAAGUCAUUGAAAAGUAUAAUCGUAGGCUACUAGUUUUUAGAUAGGCCUAGUACAAUUUGAAUUAAAAAGUGAUGCACUGAGCUGACAAAGGGAAACUAUAGUAAUGACUUAAGGACAAAUGACGUCUAUUACUCUGAAGCGGCUAUUUUUUGUGUCUGUGAAUAACAAAAUUUAUUUAUGACCACUAAUUAAGUGUAUGUUCUCCCCCUUAUAUUUGAAUGAAUAAUGUGAUGUGUAGCAAAACAAUGUUUCAUUGUAGAAUCACUUCACCAAAUUGUCAAUUCAUUUUCUUAGAGCACUUCAAUUCAUUUUUCAGUUUAAUAUGUAAUAAUGAAUGACAAAAAAGUUUUAUUUAAACAUAUUGUAAAUGUUAAUAAAUUAUGUCACAAUGUAUAUACCAAUCAUUUGUAUAGCAGGAAAGCAACAGUUUGUUGGUGAUGUAGGUUGUGUUUAUUAGAUAAAAGAUUAACCAACUACUACUAGAGGCGAGGUGUCAUGAUGCCCAUUUAUCCAUAACGUUUGUGUAUAUAAUAAUGUUUACGGUUUUAGUAACCUGUCAAUCAGUAGUGGUUACUAGUUUUUCUUAAAUGUUUCAGUUGUGUUCUUCUAAUCUACAUUGAUGUAAUGUUGAAUGGUAUUGUACAGGACCCAGCGACAGUAGCAGGACAGGGAUGAGAGUCAGAGCGGGUAAAAGCAUAGCCAUACUUGAAAAUGCUUCAGAGUGUUUCUGAAUGAUUCAGCAUUACUUGAAUGACUUUUGAGGAUUAAGCUAGUAAUUAAUACAAUUGAUACAGGCUUUGUGCAGUCAGACACUAAAAGUUAUACUACGUGCAACAUUGUGCCUCAUAUUAUUAGGCUUUGUUUGCUCCCCUGAUGAUUGGUAUGCUACAAAAAGAAGUUAAACAUGGGUAUAUAUACUGUAAGUAUUGUAAUGUACUGAAUGCAGUUUAUUUGAAAGCUGUUUAUUAUAUCAUUCCUGAUAUUGCUGAGAUGUGGGUGUUUUUUUUUUUUUUUUUUUAAUAAAAUGUAUAUUUAUUUGAAA